AUGGUAAAGGACAUCCCACCGUCAUCUCUCCAGCCUGCCUCUAGCCACUACGAGUAUCGGAAGUAUCCUGAACGGGAGAAGAAGCAGGAGUUGAAGGGAAUCAAGGAUGACACUUGGCAUCCUGAGCGGUAUAAUUUCCCUCGCGAUCACAGUACCACUGAAGAUCGACCCAGCGACGACGAGGAUAGGCUCGUAUUCACAGAGCAGCGGCAAAAGAGUUCGAGGCCCAAACGAACCUACGGAAAGUUGCGAAGACAACCUCAGCACAUGGUCGCUUCGGAUACAUUGACCAACUCCGAUCUCAACCUUUACUCAACCCAAGCAACACAGUCCCCAGAUUCUUCCGGAGGCUCAUAUGAGCCCGCUUCUUCGUCUGUAGAAUCAUGGUCGCAGGCUCAUGGGCAGCAUCUGCCAAGCCAAGGAUACGCCCCGUCGUCCCAGACUCUGGGCCCAAGCGGAAGAGGUGAUAUUCCACCACCACCACCAAGACCUUUGGCCACGAAAAGGGUCUCAGAGCAGUUGGGUACGCGUCUAGCAAAAAGGUAGGUCUUCUGUCCCUCCAGAGAAGACCAGAUGCUGAUCGUUGGACAGGCAGGCCGUACUAUUCGAGAGCUCUGGGGACGAGCAGCUGCAAGAAAGCGCCCAACGCCUGAUGACAAGGGCGCUGAGCAAAGGAGACUUGAGUAUGUCCUCUACCCAGACACUGGACUCAGCCAACCGUAUGUCACAAGCCUACGAUGCACAGGACCACAGGGGUGCCCCUCCAGCUGGCGAUGGAUCAAUGGGAGACGGCCCGCGGUUUGGUCAUGCGCUUCGUGACGAGAGUACUCCAGUGAUAUCUCAGGAUAUCGAGCCAACAGGCAUCAUGCCCGAGUCAUCCAACGAGUUUUCUACCGAUCGUCCCAGUCCUCCUCGCUCGUGGCGUCCACACUCGGACGGGUCUUUCAAUUCAGAGUUUCCAGCGGAUCCUGACAUGGAAGAUUCUGAACCCGAUUCGAGGAUGACCAUACAACCACACCGCGGCCAGAACAGGUCAUCACACGACAGACCGCUCGGCAGCUCACCACCAAAGUAUUUUGGUCUCGAGCCGCAGACGAACGAAGCUGUGAUACAGCUGCUACAGAGGAGGCUCUCACCUACUCCAGAUGACACUGGCCCACAGCGCCCCAUUCGGCGCAUUAUUGGCAAUCCAAAAGCAUUGCCCAGCACAGCCUAUCAAGCUCAAAUACAAAUGUACGAGCGAUCAGAGGACUCACAGGACAGGGUCAGGCUGGGUCUUGCUGCCCCGGACCAAUUGCCCAGCACUCCGAGCAUGACAGAGCACGAGUUUCCAGAAGAUAGUGAGCAGUACUUUGACGGUCUAACUGGCACAGUGUUCACUGGAUUCGGGCUUUCGGAUGAAGACGUUUUCCAGAUUGCAGCCGCCGAGGAAGACCAAUCUCCGCAAGAGUUGCGUUCAGCGCUGUCAGAGGAAUUUGCCAGCUGCGCCAACCUGUCAUACAUCCCAUCAUCCGCGGAGGGCACUGGUAAGAGAAGAUGAGUUCGCCAAUAGCGACUGGACUACCAGCUGAUCUGCCUAUAGCAAUUGGUGCAUCAUCACACUCAACCAUAGGCAACGGAUUCAAGCCGCGCAUGAACCCAGGUCUCUGCACUUCCCGCGGAACGCUGGCCCAAAAGUAUAACGAUGCCUUGGCGAACGGUCGAUCUGCUCUCGUAAGAGAGUUGCUCAUCCAAGAGAAGAACGCAGUUGCUUUCCGCGGCGGAGAGCCCUGGGACCUCCUACAACAGGGAUAG